UUUCAUUCCCCUCCCCACGACUUCCAUUCCCGUUUCGACAUGGUACCUUCCUCAUAAUAAGAGUCAAUGCAAGCAUGCAUACGCGAGAAGCCGACGAGAUCCAUACACAAAUUUCAGUCCCGUGGUUGUGGCAAUGGCAUGCAUCUCCAUGUGAAUUAUCAUGCGCAGUAUCUGCAUGCAUGCAGUUGGGUGCCAAGGUGAAUUGUCAAACCGGCCACACGCGUGAUCCUACCACCAAACUGACAACAACGAAAUGAACACAGAGAAGUUAAAAAGGUUCCUAACUGGGUUGGUGGUAGGAUUAGGCAUAGCGGCCUUGAUUCUCUCCGCCAAUGCCACAAGGCCCGAGAAGCCGGAGGAUAUCAGGUUGAACGAGAGGGGUGAAUGCGUGUACCCCAUGAGCCUGUCUUUCGUGGUGGGUUUGGCCGAGCUGGCUGUCCUUGUGGGCUGCGUCUCGUAUUUCACCUUCAAACAAGGAUGCUGCUGCGUGCGCCGCGACGGCGUCUCUGAAUGGAGCUUCGCGCUGGGCAUCUUCUUCGCUAUCAUCGCAUGGUUAUUGACGUUGUGGGCGGUACGACUAUAUCUCGUCGACGUGGAGGCGAUCUGGCCGGGGAGGCGUGGUAAACCCCCGGAGUGUUACGCCUCUCUUAAGACGGAUCACCAUCGCCUUAUGGAGAAAGCAUUCAGACCCUUCAUCUUUGCCAUCCUCUUUGCAAUCGGCUCCUCCAAGAAACUUUCCCCCCCUCCUCCUGUAGAAACCCAGCUAGCUAGCUAGCUAGCGUGCGUACGUCUCCGGCCCCAACAUUCAUUCCAUGUGAGCACAUUAUAUUAUAUUGGAGGCUCCUUUUUUCUUGGUUUGAUUAUUUUUGUUAACUCA